AUGGCUACCUCAUUAAUACAGCUUGGCACUGAAUCAAGACGAAUUAUUCUACCAAUAAUUAUGUUUUUUGGCACGCUAGGAAACUCACUCAAUAUUGUUGUGCUGACUAGGCCUGCUCUGUAUAAUCAUGCUUGUUCUCGUUAUUUUCUGGCUCUUGCUUGCACCAACCUUUUCUCUGCAAGUGUGAUUCUUACUUUCCGUCUCUUAAGUGAUGGAUAUCAACUUGAUGUAACCCGAACUUCUAUUAUUUUAUGUAAAACAGUUUCAUUUUUCUCUCAAACAUCUGCAAUAUCCUCAUCGUUCCUGACUGUAGUUACGUCGAUCGAUCGAUUCUGUGCCAGUUCCAGUAAUGUUCGCUUACGUUCGUUUAGCAAUGUCAAAGUAAGCCGGUGGGUUAUUCUAUUUAUCCUUAUUUCGAUUGCACUCUUUCAUCUCAACACUUUAAUUAUGACUGAACUACGGUCGACCGACACGCUAGGAUGCCGUAUUCGUGGUGAUACUACCUACAAACAAGUGUAUACAAUCAUACAAAGCCUUUCAUAUGCUAUUAUUGCGCCUGUUCUCAUGGCAGUCUUUGGUACUCUGACCAUCUACAAUAUUAAAAAAACGAAUGUUGCUCCUGCUGCAGGUGCACGCUAUCGUCGCACUGAAAGUCAACUUGCUCGUAUGCUCAUUCUUCAAGUGAUCGCUACCAUUUUGCUUGCAGCACCCUCUGGCGCCGGUAAUUUAAUAGCGAUUAUGGCAAAUACACUUUCAACUACGGUCGAGUUUUUUAUUGCGUAUGUAUUCUGUCAGCUACUUUUUUAUGCAUCGUAUACUACACCCUUCAUUAUGUACAUUGUUUCGGCUAGUAUAUACAGGAAGGAACUCAUUCGGUUGUUUCACAAAAUAUCAUGCCGACGUGGUAAUGGUCAAAUCAAUAUACUGACCAAUCAAGUAACACCAUUGAAUUCAUAA